AUGGCGCAGGCCGGCGGAUCUUACAACAACCCCUUGAAGAAGUUCAAGUUGGUGUUUCUAGGAGAACAGAGUGUGGGCAAGACCUCCUUGAUCACACGAUUCAUGUACGAUUCCUUCGACAAUAUGUACCAGGCGACAAUCGGCAUUGAUUUCCUCUCCAAGGACCGGACGGUGCGGCUGCAACUUUGGGAUACCGCUGGACAAGAACGAUUCCGAAGCUUGAUUCCCUCAUACAUCCGAGAUUCCAGUGUAGCUGUUGUCGUCUACGAUAUUUCGAACGCCAAGUCGUUCCAAAACACCAAGAAGUGGAUCGACGACGUACGAGCCGAGCGAGGUAACGAUGUGAUUAUCGUGUUGGUUGGCAACAAGACAGAUCUUAACGACAAGCGGGAGGUUACUACACAGCAGGGUGAGGAGGAGGCCAAGAAGAACAACCUCAUGUUUGUCGAGACGAGUGCGAAGCUGGGCCACAACGUCAAGAACCUUUUCAAGAGGAUAGCACAGGCUUUGCCUGGUAUGGAGGGAACCGAUGCCGCAGCGCAAGCUUCGAGUCAAAUGAUCGACGUCAAGACGAACAACGCCCAGCAAUCACAAGAGGGAUGCGCAUGUUAA